AUGUGUGAAGAAGUAUGGGAUGUGGAAGAAGAGGUAGAAGUUGAAAACGAAAAAGAUGUGAGUGAAGAAACAAGUGACUACUCUCUGAGGGGGGAUACACUUGAUAGUCAUGAACUACCUUACUAUGCCAACCCAACUUAUCCAAUCAUUAGGAAGAAAUUGAAAGCAAAAGAAGAAAGACUUUUUAAAAGAAAGAAGAAAGUAGGUAUAGGUGAAACUGUUGCUUUGACAUAUGAGUGUAGUUCUUUACUCCAAAGAAAACUUCCACCAAAGUUGAAAUAUUCAGGAAGGUUUACCAUUCCUUGUACCAUAGGUGAAGAAAGAAUUUCACAUGCACUUUAUGAUUUGGGUUCUAGCAUUAACUUAAUGCCUCUUAGACUAUUGAAGAAACUGAAAUUGGGAGAUCUGAAAUCAACAAAUAUGACUCUUACAUUGGUCGAUCUCUUAAUCACUCAUUUGUAUGGGGUCAAAGAAGAUGUGCUCGUUAAUAUGGAUGGAUUGGUGUUUCCGACAAAUUUUGUUGUAAGUGAAUAUUAA